AUAUUGUAUGGGAGUCCUUUUAUAAUUUUUUUCUCGGAUCGAAUGUCAUCAUAAAUUUGACACGCGCUGGACAAAAUUGGUUUGCCGAAGAAUGAGAAGGAACUUUGACUAAUCCAAUCCAAUCUAACACGUGAGUAAGUAGACAGAAAACAAGAGUUAUAGAAAAGUCGGCAUGGAAAUGCUUGGAAGAACGGGGACACAAUUGUCUUUCUGAGUAAAUGAUGUCACAGAGAAGAGAACGAAACCCACCAAACAGAAAAUCAAAAAAGGAAAGAAAAAAAAUUGUGAAUAGAAGACUCAAGGAGCGAGUUAUGAGUAUGAUUGUAGUAGGCAGACAGAGAUGAAAGUGGAAUGAAAGAGAAAAAAAAUAGAGUAGUUGCUGCUGCUGAGGCCUGACAGGCACACACACAGCCAAAAAAAACACAGGGACGACCGCCAAGCCACCCUCCUGAGCCUGCUCUGACCCGCCGCCUCUGCUCUCUCUUAUUCACCUGUCCAGUUUUGAGUGUGGUCCAUCCCCUCCCCUCCCCUCCCCUCCCAAUAUAUCUAAAUUCAAUAGCUAAAGCUCUCAUCUUUCUUCAGUUCUAGAGACUUUUCUUUGUUUUAUUUUGUUGGGUUUGGUUUUGCUUCUUGGGGGGCUCUGAAUUGCAGCAUAUCUGAAUGAAAAGCUCCCACAGAUUAUUGAGACCUCUCCUAUCUGGGUUUUGUGCUCAUCCGACACCCCGUUUUCGGUCCUCUGUUCAAAUUACAGUAAAACAAAGAACAAACAAGAAAGCAGGUCAACAAUCUAAUCUCUUCACACCUUCUGACACCUUGUGUGUAGAAGGAGCAAAAAAAUCUUGUCGGAUAUUGUUCAAUUCAGGGAGAUAUUGGGCCAUCGGAUUUUCAUAAUUUCAUUUCCCAUUUGGUUUCAUGCUUAUUACAUUCAUUGUGAUUGAUGAAAUGAGUGAAUGGCCUCUGGUUUUUUGUGGUGGGUAGGUAAGUUAGUGGGAACGAGAAAGAGGCAUGCCUAUGCACAAGGAUAACGAUCGCCCUUUGUUUUGCAGUGAGAGUCUUUAGAUUCUCAAGGCUCAGCGAAACACGUUGAGCCUCUCAUCUCACAACAACGCUCUAAUUUAGCCUUCCCCUUAUAACCUGCGUGUUCCAUAAAGCCGCACAUCCCAUCAAGCAAGAGCACAGCAGCAAAAGAAAGAAAAGUAUAUAGGGAGAUCAUCAUCAAACACCAGCUGGGGCUUGUUCAGAAGAUGGAUCAGCAAAAUCCAGAUCAGAGGUUGAAGCCAACUUUACAGACUGAGAACCAGCAGCAGCAGCAGCAAAACCAGCAGCCUCAGAAGUGUCCUCGCUGUGAGUCUCUGAACACCAAGUUUUGCUAUUACAACAAUUACAGCCUCUCUCAGCCGCGCUACUUCUGCAAGACUUGUAGAAGGUAUUGGACCCAAGGCGGGACCCUCAGGAACGUCCCUGUCGGCGGAGGCUGCCGGAAGGGGAAGCGUCCGAAGACUAAUUCUUCAUCAUCAUCAUCUCCCUCUCUGCAGCCACAGUCGCAGGCACAGGCACCACAACAAGACCAGCAAACAGUGAAAAACUUGUCCACAACAAGCCCAAGUUCUAAUCUUGGGGCUAUAGAGAGCACUGGUAAUUUGGCUUCUCACCAUCAGUACUAUCCUGGUGGUACUGGGUAUUUGUCAUCUUAUGCAGCAAUUCAAUCUCUGAAUCAGUCACAGCCCUUCAACGUUGGGGGCCAUGAUCAACUGGGAGGAGGUGCAUCCUCAAAUAUGAGCCUGCUGCAGGGGUUCAAUGUUUCAGCUCCUUUUGGCCAAUUUUAUCAAGCUGGCAACACUAAGAGCAGCAUGGUGGAUCAAACGGCUCUGUAUCCAUCUGAUCAAGAGGGCUUAUUGAUUCAACCAACCAGGCCUUCUGCUUCUAGUGACCAUGGCUGGCCUCAUCAGAGCUUCAACAUCAACAGAUCAUCUGCUAAUGCUUCUUCUGCAGCUUCUGAAAGCGCUUUGUGGGCCACCACCACCUCUGGUAACAUGAACACCACCACCACCACCAGCGCUGGGCCUUCUCUGAACCCAAACCAGUGGCCUGAUCUACCUGGAUCAUAUGGCCCUCCUAAUUGAGACUUUUCAAGCAUGCAUUUCUUGCAGCAGCUCCCUCAACCUCCAGAGACCGUUCAGAACAUGGCAAUUAAUUAUCCAUCUGCAUAUGGAUGGAUCUCAUCUCAGCCCAUGUUCAGUUCUCAUUUCCCUGUACUGUGCUAAAUUGGUUCAUUUAACUUGGUGGUUUAAGUAGGUUAUGUAUAAUCUUUGUUUUUCAUGGAGCAUAGAUAUAUAUAUUUAGAGAGAAUUUGGUGAUGUGAGUUUUCAUUGUAAAUGAAAGGAGGAGCGUAUAGCGGUCGUAAUCAUAUAUAGCCUUUUGUUUCCAUGCGUUGGGUUGAUCUAUGAUUAGGUUGUUUGUUUUGAACUUAAAUUUCAUCAAAAGUUAAAUGAGUUAAAUAUGCUUUAAUUGUAACUUUAA